UGAAGCAAAAAUGCCUCCGGCGCAGACGUUGCGUGUGCAGUUGUGUGCCGCCCGUGUGUCUGCGUGCAGACCCGUGCAGUUUGAUGUGUGGGUUCAUGUAUAAUGAAAGCUGCUAUUGAUGGCAAGAGAAGCCGGGGCCGCUGAGACAGAAUUCCUUCCAAAUCACACAAGCCAGAGGCACCUUGUCAGCAGUGUGGACAUGCAAGUUCAGCCUUACUGCACAUUCAUGUGUUCAGACAUCUCGUAGAGGAAGGUCAAACGCCCCAAGAUGAGGAACCUCCUGCAGUUUCUGGCCCUCUGCACUGUGGUCUCCCUCUGUGUCUGCUACGAUUUGUUUGUGCCACCAAAUCGAGCAAACUCCUUCCUCCCGGGUAACAGACGCACCCCACCCAGAGGGAACAGCUUCAACCCUUAUGGCUCCAUUAGGAAAAGAAAGUCUCCAGUGGAGAUCCGGGCAGAGACCUGUGAGGACUACACGCCCUGCCGCUACUACGCCUAUCGCUUCGGCUUCCAGCAGGCCUACCAGAGAUACUUCGGAGCUCGAAGUCCACCCCAGCAGCCCUACAGGCCAGCUGGGACUCGUCGGUUCUAAUCUGGAGGGCAACACCCUCCUUAUUGCCCGUUCCUUCAUUCCACAUCUAUCACAGUUUUGUAUAAUUUAUGCUCUUGUACCUUUUUUCAGUUUUGCAAGAAGAGAGAACCCUGGAAAAUACAGGACUCAAGGGUUACUUAUAUGCUAUUAUUAUGCUUUUAGAUAUUAACAUCUCAAUUCACAUGUAAUCUCGUUUUAGCGUCAUCUGCUAUCAACACGCAGUCCCAUCCUUUAUGAGGUGGACAUAACAUGCCAGAAUGAAAUGUCUGUUAUAUUACCCAUUACCUAUCUGGACCAGCUCUGAUGCUGGUUAUCAUUUUGUUUCUCUGGAAGAAUUAGAAAUAAAAAUUCUUUCUUGAACCUGUG